GAUUGGUUCUUUGCAGACGCUCUCAUAUUUUUCCCGCAACUGGAGAAAAGUGCGUCGGAGCACGGGAGCACUUUUAGGUAAAAAUGCCGAAGCGGACUUGUCCUUUUCCUGAGACAUUUUCCUCUCAGUACAAAGUCCACAUAGGACAACAGGAGCUGAAUAACUACAGCGUGUUUGGGAACAAAUACCGACAACAGAUCUACGAGAAAACAAAGAACCUGCUCUUUAACGGUGCGAAGGAUGUGAUGGACAAACUGUGGGGAGCGGAGACGUGCACAGACCUGCAGCCCGUUACACGAGCCGAGACGCCGCCGUGCAGCCAGACGCUGCUGAGGGGACAGACGCUGAUUGGACACGACGGGAGACUGACGAGAGCAAACGCUGCGCGAGAUGGCAGCGUUGACGCUGAGCUGAUCGCUGUGUGUGCUCACAUCUGGUUUCCAGACGCUCCCGCGGCCGCUGCGGGCUGCUGUGUUUGUCAGAAGAGUCAGGGAUCCAGGACGCCGUGUUCCCAAUGUGACCGCUCAGCGUGCGCCUCCUGCGUCCGUCAGUGCUCCAGCUGCUGCAGCUUCUGCUGCUCAGUCUGCACCAUCAUAGAUUACAGCGGUCGAUACGAUGAAGUUCUGUGUUGCAGUUGUUCAACCUGAGAACAAACCUGGAUCUUACGGAGACGGCAUUUUAUACCUUUUUUUUAUGUGAUGUAAAUGGUUUCUUGUAUAUAUGUGUUGCAUUAUAAAAUUAACUGAAAUAAACUUGAACACUUUCAUAUAUA